UACAGAAAAAAAAAAUAAUGGGCAGCCUGGAGUGCAGCUCAUACUCCAUACCUGGGAUUUCUGCCUCGCCGCUCUCCUACUGCUUCCAGACAUGCAGGGGCCCUGGGUGCUGCUCCUGCUGGGCCUCAGGCUACAACUCUCCCUCGGCAUCAUCCCAGUUGAGGAGGAGAACCCGGACUUCUGGAACCGCCAGGCAGCCGAGGCCCUGGGUGCCGCCAAGAAGCUGCAGCCUGCACAGACAGCCGCCAAGAACCUCAUCCUCUUCCUGGGCGACGGGAUGGGAGUGUCUACAGUGACAGCUGCCAGGAUCCUAAAAGGGCAGAAGAAGGGCAAACUGGGGCCUGAGACCUUCCUGGCCAUGGACCGCUUCCCAUACGUGGCUCUGUCCAAGACAUACAGUGUAGACAAGCAUGUGCCAGACAGCGCAGCCACAGCCACAGCCUACCUGUGCGGGGUCAAGAGCAACUUCCAGACCAUCGGCUUGAGUGCAGCCGCCCGCUUUAACCAGUGCAACACAACACGCGGCAACGAGGUCAUCUCCGUGAUGAAUCGGGCCAAGAAAGCAGGAAAGUCAGUGGGAGUGGUAACCACCACACGGGUGCAGCAUGCCUCGCCAGCCGGCACCUACGCCCACACGGUGAACCGCAACUGGUACUCGGACGCCGACAUGCCUGCCUCGGCCCGCAAGGAGGGGUGCCAGGACAUCGCCACGCAGCUCAUCUCCUCCAACAUGGACAUUGACGUGAUCCUAGGUGGAGGCCGAAAGUACAUGUUUCCCAUGGGGACCCCAGACCCUGAGUACCCAGAUGACUACAGCCAAGGUGGGACCCGGCUGGACGGGAAGAAUCUGGUGCAGGAAUGGCUGGCAAAGCACCAGGGUGCCCAGUACGUGUGGAACCGCACUGAGCUCAUGCAGGCUUCCCUGGACCCGUCUGUGACCCAUCUCAUGGGUCUCUUUGAGCCCGGAGAUAUGAAAUACGAGAUCCACCGAGACUCCACACUGGACCCCUCCCUGGUGGAGAUGACGGAGGCUGCCCUGCAUCUGCUGAGCAGGAACCCCUGCGGCUUCUUCCUCUUCGUGGAGGGCGGUCGCAUCGACCAUGGUCAUCAUGAAAGCAGGGCUUACCGGGCACUGACUGAGACGGUCAUGUUCGACGACGCCAUUGAGAGGGCGGGCCAGCUCACCAGCGAGGAGGACACGCUGACCCUCGUCACCGCUGACCACUCCCACGUCUUCUCCUUCGGAGGCUACCCCCUGCGAGGGAGCUCCAUCUUCGGGCUGGCCCCUGGCAAGGCCCGGGACAGGAAGUCCUACACGGUCCUCCUAUACGGAAACGGUCCGGGCUAUGUGUUCAAGGACGGCGCCCGGCCGGAUGUUACCGAGAGCGAGAGCGGGAGCCCCGAGUAUCGGCAGCAGUCAGCAGUGCCCCUGGAUGGAGAGACCCAUGCAGGCGAGGACGUGGCAGUGUUCGCGCGCGGCCCGCAGGCGCAUCUGGUUCACGGCGUGCAGGAGCAGAGCUUUGUAGCGCACGUCAUGGCCUUCGCUGCCUGCCUGGAGCCCUACAAGGCCUGCGACCUGGCGGCCCCCGCCUGCUCCACCAACGCCGCGCACCCGCGGACGUCCGUGAUCCCCGCGUUGCUUCCUCUGCUGGCAGGGACCUUGAGGACGGCCACUGCUCCCUGAGUGUCCCGUCCCUGGGGCUCCUGCUUCCCCAUCCCGGAGUUCUCCUGCUCCCCACCUCCCGUAGUCCUGCCUGGCCUCCACCUGGAGCUGUCACCCCGGAGUCGCCACACAGAAGUCUUUCCAUGGAACCUUCCCCUCCCCGUGCACCCUGGGAACUGAGCCCUUGACACCAUGCCCUUUGCUCUAUCUUGCUCUUCAAAUUUUGGCCCCCAACUCCAGGGACUGGGGAUUUGUGCCUGGCAGCUACCUGCAUUUCAGGAAAAGAGGAGGCUCAGACCAUGCAGCCCCCGCCCAUAUCUGAGGUGGAUCAGGCAGGCUCUCUCCCUGGGGACGAGGCACCCAGACCUACAGCCCCCUGCGCCUUUCUUAGCUUCAGUCAUGGCAGCACCUGAGGGACACAAGGACUUGGAUGCAUCAGGAUGCCUGGAGAAGCGUGGCUUCCUGCCACCCUGCAACCCACCCUGCCAGCCAAGGAGGCUGCUGUGGCGGGGUCCCCAGGAGGGCUUUGACACAGUCCUCUGCUGUCCCUCCACUGGGCUAAUUCCACACCCCUGCGCCCCUCCUAGGGGCCCAUGAGGGAGAGAGGCUUGCCCCAAGUCACAGCCACUCAGAUGCUCGAAGACCCCUAAGGUCCCUUCCAGCACCCACCUGAGUUCCGAGGAGCACCUGGGAAGCUCUGGGUGCAGGAUAGCAGCCCAGAGUCCAUGGCCCCUCCUAGGCCAUCUGGGCGCUGGGCAUGGAUUUCUCAACAAAGAAGACUAUUACCUCCCCUCCCCAGGCCUCCAUUCUUCUGGGAAACACAAAGCACUAAUAAAAGGAAGUGUUAGAAAAUGUAA